AUUUAGACUUUUCAAAAAGAAAUGUCACUUCCGAAUAAAAUAAAGUACGAAAUUUCCGAGAACAUCAUGGCACGAUCGUCAUCUUCUUCCUCUUAUCUAUAUAACUCCUCAUGCGGCUUUCCUCUCCUCCACUAACUAUUUUACAGAGCAAUACAGAGGGAAAAGACAGAGACAUAUAUAUAUAUACAAUUCAUUCUUGUUCCAAUCCCAACAAGACUAGGAGGUAAUGGGGAACCUUUUGUGCUGCGUGCUGGUGAAGCAAUCAGAUGUUGCGAUCAAGGAGAGAUUUGGCAAAUUUCAAAAAGUUCUUAAUCCAGGUCUCCAGUUUGUGCCCUGGGUCAUAGGUGAUUAUGUCGCCGGUCAUCUCACCCUCCGUCUCCAGCAACUCGAUGUUCAAUGCGAAACCAAAACCAAGGACAAUGUGUUUGUGACAGUGGUUGCAUCCAUUCAAUACAGAGUCUUGGUUGACAAGGCAAGUGAUGCUUUCUACAGACUUAGCAAUCCUACUUCCCAAAUCAAAGCCUAUGUCUUCGACGUGAUCAGAGCAUGUGUACCAAAGCUGAACUUGGACGAUGUCUUCGAGCAGAAGAAUGAGAUCGCAAAAUCAGUGGAAGAAGAGCUAGACAAAGCCAUGACUGCUUAUGGUUAUGAGAUCCUUCAAACCCUUAUCAUCGACAUCGAGCCUGACCAACAGGUUAAACGCGCCAUGAACGAAAUCAACGCCGCGGCGAGGAUGAGAGUGGCGGCGAACGAGAAAGCAGAGGCGGAGAAAAUCAUUCAGAUAAAGAGAGCAGAAGGAGAAGCUGAGUCCAAGUACCUAUCUGGUCUCGGUAUCGCUCGUCAGAGACAAGCUAUCGUUGACGGUCUCAGAGACAGUGUUCUCGGCUUCGCGGGAAACGUGCCUGGGACGUCAGCGAAGGAUGUGUUGGACAUGGUGAUGAUGACUCAGUACUUUGACACUAUGAGAGAUAUCGGAGCUUCUUCCAAAUCUUCGUCGGUGUUUAUCCCUCACGGUCCCGGCGCCGUCGCAGACGUGGCGGCACAAAUUCGAAAUGGAUUAUUGCAGGCCCACCAGACCAAUGCCUAAAUGCCUCAGUCAAGAGUCAACUGUCUGAAAGCCGUCUCCACCCUGUUUUUUGGUGAUUUUUUUUAAUAUAUAUAUAUUUUAAAAGAUAUAAAAUGAUAUGUUGAUUGUUGUUUUAUAUUUUUCUUUUUCCAUGUGAUCAUUUUUUUCUUGUGUGGUUUAUCUUUUUUUAUCUGCCCUUGUUAUUUUGUAUUUAUUUCUGUUAAUUCAGUUUGAAUGUGAAAAUUAAAAGUAUAACUAUCUC